ACUUUUGGACGUACGCGUUUACACAACGAACUUUUUUUGUAAGGCACAACCGAAUACAGAGAGAGGAAUAUAUCAUGUUGAAGGCGUUGUUUAUCAUUGCAACCAUCCUGAUUGCCGUUGUGCUGGCAACGCAGCAUAUUGAGGACAGUCAACGUCAACAUUCGCACCACAAGCGCCAGCAUUCCCAGCAUGUGGGUCAGCAUCAGCAUAGUGGCCAUCUGACGGACAAGUCCAGGCAUCACCAAUUGCCGGAAAACAACAAGGAGCAGGUGAAGCAUGGACGCGUCAAAGUUCCAGUCGUGCCACACCACUCCAAAUCGCAUAGAAACGACAGGCGCCACAAGACGCCACUGAGUCCAAAGUCUGCGAAGAAAGAGCAUCUUCCGCAGCAGAAAGCAUCCCAUCACAAGAGGCAAGCGCACAAGGCUCACGGACAUGGUCGCAAGCACCAUUAGAGAGGCGUCUCUAUAGCAAUACUUUUCAGCAUUUCACCUUUUAAGCAAUGGCUGUAAUCAAACGCAACUUAAUUUUUUUAGUGCGAAAGACAAAUUUCGUUGCCACAUUAAAGUAAAAACAAAGAGAAA